AUGGUGCAAAACGCCAAUGCCAGUACCGAUCCUGAGCCAACAGUUGUCAUUAUUCCUGGCUCAUUUUCGCCCGCGUAUUUCUACGACAAGAUCGUUGGCCAGCUCCGGGACAAUGGUAUCGAGGCUGCGGCGUACGACCUUCCCUCAGCCAGCCGGACACCUCCUCAACCCGCGGCCACGUUGACCGAUGACGCUGCCUUCUUCCACGACGUUGCGCAGAAAAUCGCCGACCAGGGCAAGGACGUCGUUUUUGUCACGCAUUCUUAUGGAGGCGUAGUUGGUACGGAAGCCUCGAAGGGUUUGACGAAAGCGGAGCGUAAAGCGGCCGGUAAAGAGGGUGGUCUGGUCAGAAUAGUGUACGUUACUUCGGUGGUACCGCCAGUUGGAAAGUCGUUGGCCGAUGUAAUGGGGGACCUAGUGCCGGCGUAUUUGAAGGUCGAGGGCGAAUACAUGAGACACGAACCGCCCGAGGAGAGCGCACGGUUGACGUUCUCGGAUCUGCCGCCAGAAGUAGGGAUCGACUGGGUCAAGAAAAUGCCUUUGCACUCAGCCCCGAGUUUCGCUAACAAAUUGACACAUCCGGGGUACAAUCAUGUCCCGGUGUCGUGGAUAUUCUGUGAGGACGAUCUCAUCCUGGUUCCGGAAUUUCAACGGAAGUGCAUCGAGAUGAUCGAGAAAGAGAGUGGCAACAAAGUCGAUGUGUACAACCUCAAGACAGGGCAUUGUCCCAACGCGAGUGCCGGGUUGGAGACAGCGAUGCUCAUAACUCAGGCGUUAAAGGUAGCUUGA